AUGCUGUCCACGGCGCCGGUCCUGAUGCGGUACGACCCCGUGCUGCCGCUGCGGCUCGUCACGGACGCCAGUGCGACAGGAGUCGGAGCGGCUCUGAUGCAAGUGACGCCCGAGGGGCUCGAGAGGCCGGUACAGUACGCCUCCCGAACGCUCACUCCGACGGAGAGGAAGUACGCCCAAGUGGAGAGGGAAGCCGCAGCCGUCUCGUUCGGAGUGCGGCGGUUCCACCAGUUCCUGUUUGGUCGGCCGUUCACCCUGGUGGUCGACAACAGGACGCUCUCCAGGAUCCUGAACCCGGACCGUGAGCUGCCCUCUCUGGCGGCGGCUCGCAUGCAAAGGUAUGCGCUGCAGCUCGCGGCGUACCAGUACAAGAUCGAGCUGCGCCGGACGGAGGACAUGAGGCUGGCGGACACGAUGUCCCGUCUGUCGGUGCCGGACGAGGCGGAGAACCGGCUGUCGGCAGAAGAGGAGGCGGCGUACGGCGGAGGCGGCGUAAUGUUCAUCGCCGAACAGGGGCCGUGUCUGACCGCGCAGCAGAUAGCAGUGGCCACGCGCCGAGACCCGGUGCUCGCCCGCGCUCUGGCGGCGGUGCGAUCGGGCUGGCCGGCGGUGGUGGACCCGGACCUGGCUCCCUUCAAGAAUCGCCGAGAGGAGCUGACGACCGAGGCCGACUGUCUGCUCUGGGGCGGCCGAGUCGUCAUCCCGAGCAACCUGCGCGACACCGUCAAGCGGGAGCUGCAUGAGGGUCACUUCGGCUGCACUCGCAUGAAGCAGCUGGCGAGGCGCUUUGUGUGGUGGCCGGGACUCGAUGCUGAGCUGGAGGCGCUGGCUCGCGGGUGUCAGGCGUGCGUCUCAAAGCGAGCUGAGCCGCCGCAGGCGACACGGCACCCGUGGGAGCCGACGGACGGCCCGUGGCAGCGGGUGCACGCCGACUUUGCUGGGCCGAUGCUGGGCCAUUCCUUUUUGAUAAUGGUCGACAGCUACACAAAAUGGAUCGAAGCUGCGCCGAUGAAGACGACGACGGCGGCCCGGACGGUGGCCGUGAUGCGCGAUAUUUUCGCCCGUCUGGGACUGCCAGUGCAACUGGUGACCGACAACGGCCCGCAGUUCGCCAGUCAGGAGUUCGCGGCGUUUGUGCGGUCAAACGGCAUUCGUCACACUCGUGUCGCGCCGCACCACCCCUCGUCAAACGGACUGGCGGAGAGAGCAGUCGGCACCGUCAAGAACGCGCUCCGAGUCUGCGCGGCGGCCGGUGGGGGAGUGGACCUCUCUCUGUCACGCGCGCUCCUGGCGUACAGAGUGACGCCCCACGCCGCGACUGGACGGACUCCCGCUGAGAUGCUGUUCGGGCGGAACCUACGCACUCGGAUGAACCUCAUGGUUCCGAGCGCCGAGACAGCUCUGCAGGCGGCUCGGGACCGGCAGCCUGUUGGCGGCGGCGGCUGA